AUGGGGAACAUCGCCUGUGUCCCGCAGGCUCCCGGCGGCUUCAGGAGCUCCUUCCGAAGGAAACCCUCGCUGAAGAAGGAACAAAAUGGCAAGAAAAAGCUGCCCAGCUUCUUUGGGAUAGAUGGAAACCAGGAGAGGGACACGACCACGGACAAAAUCCUGCAGUACAUCCCAGCCAAGAUUAUUCAGAAGCAGGAAAACCAAAAGGAGAACUUGGACCAGAGGUUCCCCAGCCUGUUCAAGAAGGGCCGAAGGAAAACGGUUGUCAGGAAUUUGGGCAAAAUGAUUUAUUACUCCAAGGUCAAGUUUAAGUUCCAGCACUGCCAGGAGGUCCACAGCUGCUUCCUGGAGCUGUUCCAGUCCUACCUGUACUUCCAGUCCUCGGGUCCCAACGGCCUCACCUACCAGGGGCUGCUGCCUCUGAAGGAGCUGCAGGUGCAGGAGCUGGGGCCUGGCCAGAGCCCGGGGCAGCAGGACCACGCUCUGCACAUCUCAGGGCCCCUGCUGAACCCCCUGGUGGUGUUCUGCCAGUCCGAAGCCGAGCUGAAGCAGUGGCUGUACCACCUGGAGAAGCAGAUCCAGCUCUGUGGAGGGAGCCUGGCCCUGCCCCUGCUGUCCCAGGUGGGUGUGCUUGUCCCACUGCUGGCUCCCAGCUGGGACUCUGGGAGCCCCGGGGACAAGGAGGAGCUGCGCUGGUCCGUGCAGAACCUGCCCGUGCAGGACUGGAGGGGAACCCAGCGGGAAUCCCUGGGGGAAAUCCUCUGCCUGUCCAAGGUGAAGCUCCAGCACCUGCCCUUCCAGGAGCAGCACGAGCGGCUGCUGGUGCUGUACCCCUCCACGCUGGUGAUCGUGUCCGAGGAGCCCGGCGGCCUCUGCUUCAAGGGAGAGCUCCCCCUCAACGCCAUCCAGGUGCUCUUUGAGGAGAACGACAAAAGCUCCUUCCUGAUCGAAGGCCGGUUGAUAAACUCCAUCCGGGUGACCUGUGCCAGCUACCAGGACUACCAGGAGUGGCUCUACUGCCUCAAAACCGCGCAGUUCCGAAACGCCGACUCCUCCCUGUCCGGCUCCGAGAGCUUCUCGGUGGGACCGAAGCCGCCACACCCCGGCCAGUUCCCCAGCAGUGCCAGGGGAUCCCUCAGCUCUGAUGGCCGGACCAACUCCUGGGCGUCCGGGGGCAGAGUGACCACGCUGACCCAGCUGUCCCAGACCAGCGGCUCCCUGCCCGACGCCCCCUCCUUCCUGCUGAGCCCCGAGGGCUGCCUGCUCCAGGAGCCCCUGUCCCCCGGCUACUCCCAGCCUCUCCAUAGCCUGGCCCAGCCCGGCUGGACCAGCCCAGGGCUGCCCAGGCAGGAGCUGCGCAGGGGGAGCAGCGCCAGGAAACCCAAGGGCAGGAGCGGCGGGCAGGAGCAGGAGAGGAGCGUCUGCGGCCUCAUCCCCGAGCACCCCACGGCAGAGAUGCAGUCCCCGGUGUACCAGGAACCCUACUCGGCACAGGGAGCCCAGCAGCACCCCCUGGCACCGCUGGAGAUGGGCAGGUUCCUGCAGUGCCACGGGCAGCCAGGAGCAGCCCAGGGGACAGUGCCAGGGGCCCAGCAGCUGCCCCUGGAGCAGUGGCACUGCCAGCCCCUGCCUGGGCACUGCAGGGAGGCACCCACGGUCCCCACCUACAGCACCCCGGGCACCUCGCGCCGGCCGCAGCUGCGGGCACCUGCCCAGGGCUCCUACCUGGGGGAGAUCUGCUCCCUGCCGCAGGAACACCUGGGCCCUGAGCUGCGUCCCCCAGAUGGCACCUAUGACCUGGCCGACGGCAGCUGCCCCUGCCGGGACUCCACGUCCUACCACGACUACGCGGAGCUGCAGAGCUUCCAGAGCGACCGGAGCUACGACAACCUGUGGGAGGCGGAGGAGCGGGAGCCGGGCAGCCCGCGCGUGUUCCAGGUCUGA